AUUUGAAGCAAGAGUUUUGGUUCAUUCUUUUAGGAGAAGCUGUUUAUGCAACAGAUAUGAUGCUGAAGUUUUGUUUGAUAUGCGUUAUUCUAUUGCCUGUGGCGUAUUGCACGUCUGCUGCCGCACUUAGGAGCGGGAACUGGGGGCAUGUAACCUACAUGGUCAACCCGUCUAAGUGUUAUGACAUCCAGUACGUUUCCAAAUACAAGGAAAAUCUCUUGUUCACUGGUAGAUGUCAUCCUGAUGUUUCAUUUGAAACCGAUCAAAUGGAGUGGAGGUACGACACCAACACCCACCAACUACAGCACAGGGGUCUCACAAGGACCUACGGAAAACCUUACUGUCUAGCUGCACAAUCACUCACUCGUAACUCUCGUCUGUUUAUUGUACCCUGCAAGGGAACCGACCACUUUAAGUUCCUACUCCGAGACGAGUUCGCAGGUGCAGCUGUGCAGUUUGUGACCGAGGCUGAUCAGCGGUACUGCGUGGAGUUCUAUGGUAGUUAUGUGAGGAGUGCCUCUUACAACCCCUACGCUCUGUUAUACGAUUGUCAGUCCUACUCGACUAGCUCUGAACAGUGGAUGAACUUCUACGUGAGGUCCAAUUACAAUGGUCCGCCACUGAACCCAGUACAUGACCCCGACCUGGCUGCCGGUAACUGGGGAACUCUCAAACUCAGAUCCACCGGACUGUGUCUUGCUGUGGAGACCGUGUACCUGAAGUUACAAACCAGGAUCUGUCACGACUCAGACGAGGGUGAGAAGUUUAGAUACGUUUCUAGUACCGGAGAGAUUCAGAACUGGAAAUAUCCGGAGAGUACAGGCGGGAAAGGGUGUGUUACUAAAAGUGGAAAUAGUCAGCUCUACAUAACCCGGUGCACUGGAUCGCAUGAACAGAAAUUCAUCAUAAAAAACGGUCAGGUGUACAAUGGAAUUUACCAACAAAUAGAGUUUUACACCGACCACCGAUACUGUCUGCACAUCUAUAGCAGUGGACGAGCCCACCCAUACCGUUGUCAAACCUCCAUUACUACGAACAGUGGCCAGUUCUUCGAGUUCAUCUUCUGGAGAUGGGCAGUGGAGUGUCCUAAGGGAAAGAUACCCUCAGGAGAAGGGUCCAACUGCAAGAAAUGUAGUGCGGGUACCUUCAACCCGGAAAUUGGAGCACGACACUGCCAGAGCUGCCCACCAGGAACCACAAGCAAAGCUGGAGCAUCAUCCUGCUACUUCAUCAACAAUUGCUCUGCUGGGACCUACAUGAACACAAACAAUGGGGCGUGUGUUCACUGUCCAGUGAACACCUUUACAAAUGGAGCUGGGAACACUGCCUGCACUCACUGUCCUUCAGGGACACAUACCCAAGGAACUGGAUCUACUCAAUGUAUUCCCAAUCAAACGUGCCCUGCUGGUACGUUUGUCAAUGGUAAGAGCAAGUGCACUGCCUGCCCAAAGAACACCUUCUCCAAUACGAUCAACGCAGAAACUUGCAGCUCCUGUCCGAAAGGAACCUACACUAAAUCAACAAGAUCCACAGCUUGCAUCAAGAGUACGUUCUGUGGCCCAGGUAAGUUCCACAACGGCCACAUCUGCCAGCUCUGUCCAAGAAACACCUUCGACAACUCUGUAGGUAACACUGAAUGUGCACCAUGCCCACACGGUUACGAAACUAAACAGGCUGGAGCAACGAGGUGCACCAGGAAGAACAACUGCCAGCCAGGAGCCUUCUUCAGCGAGAAGGAGAACAAGUGUGCCCCCUGUCCCAAGGACACCUUCACUGACAAACCUCACCAGGCUUUCUGCCAGAAGUGUCCCAGUGGAACGGGAACAAAAUCUACUGGCUCCACAGAGUGCGCGAAGCUGAACUACUGCCAAGCCGGUAAGUUUCAUAACGGUAAGAAGUGUAUCAACUGUCCGAAGAACACCUUUUCAGACGAUAUAGGAGCUUGGGAGUGCCAAGAGUGUCCUCAUGGUGAAAUGACAGACAAGAUUGGCUCUUCCUCCUGUCGCGACAUCAUUGCUAACGACUGUGCUCCAGGAAAUUACUUCAAUGGGGAAGUUUGUGUCUUGUGCCCAAAGGAUACUUACAGCGACCAACGUGGCUUGAACAUGUGUAAAGAUUGUGCAGCGGGAUAUGAAACAGAAUCAACUGGAUCCACUUACUGCACGGAAAAGGAUGACAUUGCUGUCCUGGCAACAGCAGCAGCCGAAACUGUGAGGUGUGUAAAGGAUCAAGGAAAACCAGCCUGUCUGGUGAAGUGCAGAUUCCAGACCAGCACUAACAUAAAGAUAAAGAACAAAGCAAACAUAUCCUUCUACAAGCUGGUAGGAACUAAUUGGCAAAGUAUCGGACCUAUAGCUUACAACGAUAAAAAGGAUUGGUUCAGCGUGAAGGUGGCCAAUAAGCCCGAUUGGUCAGAUGCGGGGAUAUUUAAGUGUGUGGCGAGGUAUGGAGAAAUCAGCGGGUUCGCUAGAGUUAGAGUCGUCGUUACUGAAGCGUGAUGGAUGAGAACUAUAGACUAAUAGAGGAAAGUAGAGCGCAGCUCUAUAUACAGAAAAUAGAUUUAGAGCUAAGGCAGAUGAACAAUGAACAUUACAGUGUCCGAAGCAGUUCUUUUAGUUGUAUUUCACUUUCUGGAUCCUUUCAGUGUUAAAUUUCGUCGCUGGACCUGGAUUUUGUCCAAUUUUUGUUCACAAUCUCGUCUAGGACUUUUUAAUCUUUAAUUAAAAUGGUAUUCGUAAUAUCGUUUGAUGUGGUCAUGUUCAUUUAAAUUUUCUGAUCGUUCACUCUGUCGCAUUUUGAAUUAAAA